UGUAGAUGAGCCUGUGUAUGUGAGCCUGUGACGUGUAAGUAUUAGCGUGUGACUUAGUGUCUUGCCUGGGAGGUUUAUCCUGUGCGCGCGGUAAGUAUUCCCAGAGGAUCAGUGGCGUGUAGCCGAAGACGAUAGCGACGAGUGUUUCCCUCGAAGUGUGUACUGCCGAGGACGACGUCUGCCAUCCUGACAAGGUUUCCAGUCGACGACAAUGACAAAGAUCAAAAGCCACAGAUGCCACGGUCCACUACAGCUUCGACUACAGCCAACAGGUGUUCUAUCCUCAACAGGCACAGGCAGUGGGUCCGAUGUACUUUAAAACUCCUAGAAAAUGUCAAUGCUUUGGGGUGUGCUGUGAGUCUUCAGGAACGCAGAUAUUUUAUCUCGUUGAUGAGGCCUUUCAGUCCGUUGGAAAAGGGGCCAAUAGUGUGACCUCAAUGCUGCACCACCACUUUAGCCAUCUUGGUUAUGGAGAGAGGAAUGUGGUCCUUCAUUUGGACAACUGUUCGGGGCAAAACAAGAAUAACGCGGUCAUAGGGUACGGCAUGUGGCGGGUUCUUACAGGCCUGCACGACUCUAUUGAGUUCAGCACCAUGGAGGCUGGUCAUACCAAAUUUAGCCCAGACUGGCACUUUGGAUUGUGGAAGGUGCGUUGGAGGAACACCAUUGUCAACACCUUGGAAGAUGUUGUGGAGGCAGUCAGGCUAUCAUCCCGCAAUGGGCACAACAUUCCCCACCUUGUACAAGAUCCGGAGAAUCCUGUCCAGUUUUACAACUGGACAGAAUUCUUGAAACCAGUAUUCAAGCCAAUACCAAAUCUGCUGUCAUACCACCACUUCAGAAUGACCUCUGACAAGCCAGGCAUAGUGUAUGUGAGGCGAUAUGCUGAGGAGGCUGUGAAGAUCCUGAAGAAAGAUUCUUUCGUUCUGAAUGGAAUGCCCCCCCAACUGGAGCCACUUGGCUUGUCUGCAGAACGCCAGUGGUACCUUCAUGACGAAAUCGCGCCACUCUGUAACUCAUUAUGUGCCAGUACCUGUCCACGGCCAGAUGUACCGAAGCCGACGAAAUAACAAUGAUUAUACAUAUAGUUCCCCUGUUUUAGAUUGUUCAUGUUGUUUAUGUAUAUAAUGUAUGGUAACCAUGGAAACCUGACCAUACCUCAUUGUCAACUUCAACAACAUUAGUAUGUUUUUGUAAAACUCUUACAAUGACUCAAUACCAGGUGAAAUGAAAUAUAAUGCAGUGUGACAAGUAAUAUAAUUGAAUUUAAAAUUUAAUAGUUGUGUAUAUAAACUGAAAACAUUAAUUUAAUGUAAAUAUUUAUGUUAAGUCUCUUAGCCUUGGCUCUAUUUUUCAUGCAGUAUGUAAUAUAGUAUAAAUGUAACAGUAAGAAAUUGUUGAUUGCAUUUGAUAACUAAAGAGUGUAGUAUUAUUGCUAUGUUUAAUGUAGAAGAUGGUAAUUAUAACUGAUAUUCAUAUUGUAUACUGUUGCCAUGGUUACAACAAAAUAAUUAUGUGUAUAUCAUGUAUUAAUUUAAAAGUCUUUAAUUAAUGAACAAUGUCUCAUGUAAAAUAUAAUUGUUAUUGGAACAGUUUAAAGAAGAAUUUUCAAUUUUAAUACGUCAUGGUUCGCAUAUUAAAUCUUAGCAAGUGUAUUUUAUGUAAUUCAAUUUCGGUUAGAGUCUGUGAUCAAUAGAACAAAUUAAUAGAUAGAACAUGUAUACAAUUAAUUGAUUCGUGUAUUAAGUAACAGUUCUUUGAUAUAUGUAUAUUACUUUAUUGCAUUUUAAGGUGUGAGGAAAUGCUUCGAACUGAUUUAAAAAAAAAAAAUCAAUUAUUUUGAAAUUUUUGCAAAUGGUUGCUAUGGUAACCGAAAUUUGUUUCGUAAUGGUCUUAUAAAUUUACAUUAAUUUAAUAUUAUAAGUUUUGUCCUUGUAAAAGGACAGUGAGUGAGUGAUUUUCCUCUGCAAUUAUAAAUCUAUUGAACCAUAAUGCAAUUGACAUGAAAAUAAAUGAACAGAAUGACAAAUUUCGUGUGUUGAUGGGUAUUUUUACGGUCAUAUUUUUAACAUUAAAAAGAAGAAUAUGGCAAAAUCUAUAUUUUUCUGUGUUAACUAUACAUUGAGGCUUCUAAAAAUGUUAAUAACUCAAUUUCGCCCAUAUACCCCAUUUUGACCAAAAAUCUCAGAACGAGCCACAUAUUACCCCCGGUCAAAUGUGACGCAUGACGUAAUUUACUCAAGAGUCAAACAAGGGUCUUCUGUAAUUUACAAGCGUCAAAACCCAGGAGCUCAGGUCAAAGGAAAGCCCUGUAAGAUUAUUGCAGUUUAAACAACGUGUUAUGUUGAAGAUAACAUGUAUGUUGUCUUUCUUAGUUUUGCUUGUCAGCAUGAUAGUGGCAGUCCAACUAGUGUUUUCUGGUCAAAUUAGCAAUCUUUGUACGAAUCCGGAGCAAUAUAUAUAUUUAAAGGACAAUUUGUAAGUGACUAUCUGAUAUGACUGUAAAGUUCAGGGCCCUCAAUCCAUUUUAGGAGCGGGUCGUUACCCAUAGCAGGGGGAAUUUUCACGGCGUUUCCCUUUUUGGGGGAUUUUUUACUUACUCUCUAAUUAUUACAUUUGUAAAUGUUUGCGCUAUAUUCAUUGCUUUUUCAUAAUUUAGUAUGUUUGGCAAGAUUAAAUAAAAAUAGAAAUGAUAUAUAAUAAUCAUGAGACGCAUCUAUCUAUAAAUUAUUUUUUAUUUUUUUUAGCCUGUUAGGGGGAAUUUUUCCCCCAAAAAGGGGAGAAAAGUAUACUUUUCAGGGGGGGGGAUGCGACCGAAUUUCGGCUGUGGAUUUGACAGAUUGAGGGCCCUGUAAAGUGAAUUGACCCAUGGUCCAUCUUUACUUCACAAUAAACAAUUUUAUCAGAUCAAGCGUAUAUAUCUGAAAUAUAAAAUGCAACCACUUAUGUCAUAUCAACAUAGCUAGUUUAAAGAUUGGAAACAAAUACUCUGAUUUUACAGAAGACCAUUUAUUCAUGCUUUCAGAUUGAUGACAUAUUGAAACUUUCAUAAUCAAGGAUAUUUAAGAGUAUUUCUACUAAGAUUGAAUGAAAUAAAUACUAUUACCAAAAUAUGUUUUUUUGGAGUUGGUCCAUUUUAAUUUAGAGUAGACCGAUAAUAUUAGACACAAAUUGGUUUCAGCAUGUUUAUUACAUAAACAUACUAUGUUCCCCUAAGUACAUACAUGUAACACAAAUGGAUAUGUCAUAUGGUUUACAACACAUGUCAAUUGUAUAAGGAUACAUUUUGUCAGGUCAGGUAUACAUGGCCUUCAAAUUGCCAAGUCUAAAAGUUGUAUGACCCUAAUUGUAAUAAGUUUCUAAGUAUGGAAAUUUUGCUGAUCGAUGUUGUAUUUAAAUACAGAGGAGAAGGGUUAUUGUGUAUUAUGUUUGAAUGAGCUUUCAAACACAUUAUAGAAUAUUAUUAAAUUAUUUUGAUUAUUGAUACAAAAAUAAUAUAAUCAUUGUCUUCGUGUUUAUUGUCCUCAUGUGCAAGAUGAUGAUGUUAAUACUGAUGAUUAUGAUGAUGAUGAUGAUGAUGAUGAUGGCAAUGGUGAUGAUGAUGAUCAUGCAUUAGAUACUCAUACAUGUAUUAAAUUGUAGGCAACAUUAUCGGCUCUACAUAUUACAUUAAGAUGUUAUUUGAGAAAUAUUCAGUUUUGUUGUAUUAGUAUUUAAAUUAACAAAUCAAGUUUCAUACUAGUCUAUAAUUAUGGUUCAAUUCUUAUGCAAAACCUUUCUGGCUUACACUAAUUCACAACAGAACAAACAACCUAUUUGAGUGAAUUUUAAUUAUCAAAUGUUCACUCUUGCAGUUUUGUUCUACUAUCUGUUGCUAUGGUUAUUAGGGUCCACUAUUAAAUGUAUUUUCAUAA